AUGUCGCCUAUGAAGGGUGUGAUGCGGUUUGAGAAGAAGCGCAUGAACCUGAGGUUUAUUGGCCCAUUUGAGAUUUUUGAGAGAGUUGAGGAGGUUGCUAGUAGGCUUGCAUUGACUCCUAGCCUAGCAGGGGUACAUCCGGUACUUCACUUUUCCUUGCUUUGGAAGUACCCUGAGGAUAGGUCACAUGUUUUAGACUUCAACAUGGUGCAGCUUGAUGAGGAUUUGACAUAUGAGGAAGAGUUAGUGGCUAUUCUAGACCGGCAGGUUCGAAAGUUGAGAUCUAGGAGUUUUCCUUCUGUGAAAGUGCAUUGGAGAAAUCAGCUGAUUGAGGAGGUUAUGUAG